AUGGUAUUAAAAAAUCUUAUUCGUUAUAUUAUUAAUAAAUAUUUAAAAGAAUAUAUUGAAGAAUUAAAUUAUGAAAAAGUUAAACUUGAUCUUAAAAAUGGACAUGUUUAUUUGGAAAGACUUCAUUUAAAACCUGAAGCUUUAACUGAUCUAAGUCUUCCUGUCACUGUAGCUACUGGCUGCAUUGAAAAACUAGUACUAAUUAUUCCAUGGAAAAAUCUUUAUAGAAUACCAACAAAAGUUCAAAUUAAUGGAUUUUAUAUGUUGAUUGUUCCAAAAGAUGAAGUUCGUCGAGAUUUAACAGAAUAUUACGAUGACAAAAUGCGACGUGUUCAACGAAAAGUUGAUAAUUUAAGAAAAGCAGCAUUAAAUAAUAAAAAACUUGAUGAAAAAGAAACAACAUUUAUUGAACGAAUGAGAUUACAAAUAAUGCAAAAUCUUGAAAUAACUAUUGAAAAUUUACAUAUUAGUUAUGAAACAAUAUCAACAACAAAAUUAGGACAUCCAUUUUCAUUUGGACUUACUAUACAUCAUCUUGAAAUGACUACAACAACAAAUCAUCAAUCAAUUGGAAGAAUUAAAGAGAAUUCACUUGUAAUUUUCAAGAUGAAAGAAAUUCAUGCACUUUCACUCUAUUGGAAUACAAAAUGUAAAUCAAGAAUUGAUAUGUCAUUUGAUGAUGUUGUGGAGGAUUUAAAAUCUAAAAUAGCUACAUAUAGUUAUAUGCCAAAAACAGACGAAAUGAACUAUCUUCUUUAUCCAAUAAAUCCAAUCAUUAAUUUAACAAUAAUAUUACAACCAGGUGAAUAUAAUUUUGAACGUCCAGCAUAUAAUAUUGAUAUUCAAAUCGAACAAUUAAGUCUUAAUAUUGAUCCAAAACAAUUUUCUGAUUUACUUGAUUUUAUUAAAUUUCAAAAUUAUAGUAAAAUUUAUGAUCGUUGUCGAGAAUAUCGUGAAUUACAAUUACAAUUACAACAAACAUUAAAUAUUACUGAAUUGACAUUAGAACAAAAAGAACGUCUAAAAUAUCUCGAAACAAAAUUAGAUGUAUUCAAUUUGGCUUAUAUUCGUCAUAGUGUUGAAAUAGAAACAAAUUCUGCUCCAAUAACUAAAGAUAUAGGACAUCACCAUAAUCAUCAUCGACACUACAAUCAUUAUCAUCAUCAUCUCCAUCAUCAUCGUCAUUCGAUAAAAACAAAUCGAAUAAUAACUUCUACAGCUCCUCCUCCUACUACUAGCAAUCAAAAAUGGUGGAACACUUGGUGGCAAACAAAAAGUCAUUCAAGAGAGGAACGUCGAAAGUCAUCAACAUCUAGUUCUAUCACAACUAGUGGAGAUUUUUUUUCUGAAGAUUCACCUAACAUUGAUAUUAAAGUUAAAGUUAAUGAUCUCAUAUUGAAUUUAUCCUUACCAAAGACAAAUAACACUUCGGAAAUAUUUCGAUCAACAGAAAAUGAAAUUCUUUGUCCAAUUAAAAUUAAUGAUGCUCGAUUAGAUUUAAAACGACGAGCUGUUUCAUCAAAUAUUUUAUUUAAAGUUGAUCUUCAAUCAAUAUCUUUAUUUGGUAUGCAAACUGAUAAUCAAUAUCGACCAUUAUUAGUAACAGCAGCUUCCACAACAAUUCUUCCAUUAAUACAUAGCGAAUUAGAAUUUUCGCCAAUUGAUAAAAAAUCUGAUUAUCGUCUUUUAUUAGUUCUCGAACCAUUAAAAAUUACUUAUGAUGCUCCAACAAUUAAUAAAAUUGUUGAAUGUUUUGAUCCAAAUAAUGAUAAACUUAUAUCGACAUUAUCACAAAUAAAACGAAGAACUAUUGAAGAAAUGGAACGAGAUCUUUCUCAAUCAAAAAUUUUUGAUAUGACAAUGCAAUUAAAAGGAAUUUCAUUAAUUUUACCAGAAAAUGGUAUAUUCUAUAAACAUUCUGCCAUGAUUCAUAUUGAUUUGGACAAUUUGGUCUUAAAAUCAUGUUUAGAUAAUAAUAAAGAUGAUAUUAAUUCAUUAUCCAAGGACGAAGCACAACAGUUAAGAUUUUAUACAAAAUAUAAAUUGAGACUACGCAAUCUACAAAUUAUUUACUCACAAUCAGAUAGACAACAAUUACAUAUAUUACGAUCAAUACCAUUAGUUGAUAUCAAUUUUUACAAAUGUAUCUAUUCGGAUGAUGCCUAUUUGACAGAUUGGCGUAUUGCUGCAACAAUUUCCAAAAUGGGUCAAAUUGAAUUAUCAAAAACAACUCUCAUAAGUUUAAUACAUCAUUUAAAAUCUGUUCCGUUACUAUAUUCAAAUAUGAUGGAAGCAUUACAUCGAAUCAAUCUCUAUUUUUUUAUUUUUCCACCUUAUACAACUGUAGAAGUUGAUAUUUCUAUUCGAAAAUGUUUUCUUCUAUUGACACAAUCAUAUACAUCGAUUAUUACAGAUGUUCAUUGUCAUAUAUUGAAACCAAGAGAUAAAAAUAACAAUAAAAAAGAUAUAACAAUUUCACUGAAUAAUUUAACAAUGUCAUGUCAGACUAAUUCUGAUAUAAAACAACAGUAA